UUGAUUGACACAAUAUAUUGCACAACCUUUCAAUUCGUAACAUAGACGAUCAAUAUUAUUGUACAAAACUGAAUAUUGCACAAUAAUAUUGACCGUGUAGGGGUCGCUUAAAUCCGGGGAAUGCUUGCUAUCAUUGAGAGCCAAAUCGUUUGUCUACCGGUCUCAUGCCGAUAGAGGGUUCUUACAUGGCUGUAGAAUAUCUACAUCACAUUGAUUCUGCAAUGAAAGAGGUGCAGUAUAAUAUGAAAUACGAAGAGCUAUUUGCACCUGACGUCGGACCAGAAAAUCCCCUCCAAACAAGACAUCAACAAACCCACAAAAACAUGCUCUCUGGAUUUGUGGAAGAAGCACACAUAAAUGACUUCCAGUUUGAAAAUCAGCGCAGGAUUUUCAAUAGUUAUGGAUAUGCUCUGGAUCCCACAGUUGGAUGUUCUCCUGAUGAAGCAGCAAAGAAAGCCGAAGGGAAAACGGUUUUUGAAUCGACCAAGGAACGGCCCUCAGUCAAGAGGAAGCGUAGGAGAAAAGACAACCCAUCGGAUGUUGAAGGAUUUCUGGGACCAUGGGGGGGUUACAUUGAUGAGAAGAGGGUUAUGAAACCUAGUGAAGAGGAAGCUGUUGAGUUGGAAGAAAUUCUCGCAAAACGACAAAAGAGAGGAAAGCAGGUGGAUAAACCUCUGGAGGAGAAGACAGUAUUGCACAUCAAAGAUACGGUGGAUUACCAGGGUCGUUCGUUCCUCCACGCUCCGCAAGAUGUGGGCGUAAAUCUGCGAUCUGAUUCACCUCCAGAGCGGUGCUUCCUUCCAAAAACACAAAUUCAUACUUGGCAAGGUCAUACCAAGGGCAUCUCCAAUGUCCGUUGGUUUCCGAAGACAGCGCAUCUGUUGUUGUCCUGCAGCAUGGACUGCAGUGUUAAGUUAUGGGAAGUGUAUAAUGAGCGUCGUUGCAUCAGAACGUAUUAUGGCCAUCGGCAGGCAGUGAGAGAUGUUUGUUUUAAUAAUGCUGGCACACAGUUCCUGUCAGCAGGAUAUGACCGAUACAUCAAGCUGUGGGAUACAGAAACUGGUGGGUGCAUAUCUCGCUUCACAAGCCGCAAAAUUCCGUACUGCACAAAAUUCCAUCCAGAUGAGGACAAACAACAUCUGUUUGUUGCUGGAACAUCAGACAAGAAAAUCAUCUGCCCGACCUGUCCUUACCCAGCGCCACACCAGACCGCUCGUUGGCUUCUCUCUCUCUCUCUCUCUCUCUCGCUCGCUCUCCAGCAUCUUGGCGCAGUUAAUACGAUCACAUUUGUAGAUCAGAAUCGGAGAUUUGUUACAACUUCUGAUGAUAAAAGUCUUCGUGUGUGGGAGUGGGACAUUCCAGUGGAUAUGAAGUAUAUAGCCGACCCCACAAUGCACUCAAUGCCUGCAGUGACGCCAUCACCAAACCAGAAGUGGCUGGCUUGUCAGAGUAUGGACAACAAGAUUGUAGUAUAUUCAGCUCAAAAUCGCUUUAAGAUGAAUCGCAAGAAAACCUUCAGUGGACAUAUGGCAGCUGGUUACGCAUGCACUGUUGACUUCUCACCUGAUAUGAGCUACUUGGUGUCAGGAGACGCUGAUGGAGAGUGCUACGUGUGGGACUGGAAGACGACAAGAUUAUACAAGAAGUGGAAGGCUCAUGACAGUGUGUGUAUUGGUGUGCUGUGGCAUCCACAUGAACCCAGUAAGCUUGUUACUGCUGGAUGGGAUGGUCUUAUCAAGUACUGGGAUUAAAUUUUGAUAUAUAUAUUGUAUAUUCCUGAUCAUUUGACAUCAUUCAUUUGUAAAUAUAUGCCAAGUGCCAUGAAUGAUUAUGUUGACAGAAAAUUCACGUAAAGUGCUUGUAUUAUAACUGAAAUGUCUAACAUUUUUAAUUGCUACAUAUUUAUGUGUUCACUAGUCAGAGAAGUAAUAAAUCAUGUUAGUGGUAACAGCAAAA